AUGAUAGAAAGCAACAAUAAUGUACCUUCAGGCUCUUAUGUAACAGCUGCAAAAUCAAGACCUAAACCAGUCUUCCCAAAAAAGGAACAAGCAAUAGUUAUCCAUUCACACCAGAAUCUCGUUCUUUUCGAUUAUGUUAAGGCUAUUGGUGAUUUAGUCAGUCCAAAAAAUGUUUGCUUUGCCUCAAAAAUUUCAAACCACAGAAUUUGUAUCUAUCUAUCAAAAACUGAGCUGGUCGACCAACUCAUAAGGGAUCACCCAACUAUAUACGUAAACUCACUGGCUUUACCAAUAAGAAGAUUAGUUACUCCAGCGAAGCGAAUAUUAAUAUCGAAUGUAUGCCCCUCAAUACCUGAUGAACUAGUUGAAAAAGCUUUAAUUGAUUUUGGACUUCAUCUAGUUUCACCCAUAUCUUUCCUGAAAGCAGGCAUCCCAGGAGAUGAAUAUGCACAUAUCAUGAGCUUCAGACGGCAGGUUUAUGUCACCCCAACUAACGACAACUUUGAGCUUCAAACAUCUUUGCUAUUAACACACGAUAACACUGCAUACAGAAUUUUUUUGUCCACGGACAGAAUGGAAUGUUUCCUCUGCAAACAACAUGGACACAUAGCUACUAAGUGCCCAAAUACAAAUACAACCACUCCCUCUCUCUCACAGAACUCUCAACCAAUCCAAGUAUCUAACACAAUCUCCACAACUUUAACAGAUUCUCAACAAAAUGAAAUGCCACCUCCAUCUUCGCAUGACGCAACAGUCAUCACCUUGCCUAUUACACCUACAGAAGAUAACCAGUUAACAUCAUCAUUUAUAACUCCUAGUCAAAAAAGACCCCACUCGCCCUCCUGUGAUACAAUUUCUCUCUGUGAAUCACAAAGUGUUGAUGGACUUGAUGUCAAUGUUAACAUUAUGCCUCCUCCAAAAAUUCCACCCACCAACUGUAAUGACACCACCAAGGCUAUUAAAAAGAGGGCAAGGAAGGAAUCAUCAGAAGAAUUGAGCUUAUCGGAUAGCACGAAGGACGCCAUUCAUAACCUACAUAAGGCAACUCCGAAAGAUUUCACUCUUUCUGCAGAUCACAUAAUAUCUUUCCUCGAAAAUUCUUUUGGAAGCAUAAACCUAAAUGGCAUGACAAUGGGAGCGACCGUAGUAUGGAUAUCACCAGUAGCUUCAAAGUUAAGUACCUACAAUUCUGAACAAAACCCUUUUGGAAUGCCCAUAACGACAUUGGAACUUUCACUCAUAGGAUCUUUGUCGCAAACUGGAAUGGUACUAGGGCCCUUUCUACUAGAAAGACUCUUCGAUCAAUUUGGAAGAAAAAGAUCUUUAAAUAUAUUGUCUGUGAUCCUAGUAGCUUGUUAUGUGUCUCUAGCAUUCUCAAGGCACAUUUAUUUAUACUACGUAUUGAUUUUUUUAAUAGGAAUUCUAAUAGGCGGAAAUACUAUAGCAAUAUACAUGUAUAUUAGCGAAAUUACAGAAGAUCAUAAUCGAGGAAGAGUUAGUUGUUAUGGUGGAUUGUUUAUGCCGCUAGGUAAUUUAUAUGGAUUCUUACUGGGUCCCUUUCUCUCAGUAAAGAUUUUUACGUUAUUGUGUAUUCUUCCAUCGUUGUUUAUGAUAAUCGUUUCCGAAUUAUUUUUGCCAGAAUCUCCGCAGUAUUUAAUUAGCCAAGGUAAGAGAGAAGAAGCCCGAAAAACUAUAAAGAAACUAUUAGGAUCAAAUCAAUCAAGGACUGAAGAAGUUGCUGCCGAUAUCGAGUUUAAUGUGUGUAAAACAAAAGAAGCAAACACAAGUAAUAUUAAGGAAUUAUUUACAAAUAAGAGUUCCCGAAAUGGGUUGACGAUUUGUUGUAUUUUAAGCUCUAUCACAGCAUUUUCCGGAAUUCCAGCUAUUAUGUCUUAUUUACAGUUAAUUUUUGAAACGGCUGGAACGGAUAUUUCCGCUUCUACUUGCACUGUUAUUAUAGGAGUUUUACAAAUAUUUUGUUAUUUUACAGCUUCAGUUUUAGUGGAAAAAUGGGGUAGACGAUCGUUAUUAUUAUGUUCAGCAAUUAUCACGACAAUUCCUCUUUCUAUUUUAGGUGUAUAUUUUUGUUUAAUUAAUAUCGGUUCUCCUAUUGUCGAUAAUGUAAGAUGGGUACCUAUUGUUGGUAUAAUGUUGUUAAUGAUAACCGCGAUUACUGGAAUUUGUUCUGUGCCUGUAGCGUAUUUGAACGAAGUAUUUAUUAGCGAUGUCAAAUCAAUAGCUAUGUCUUUUGUUUAUUUUACUAGCGGUAUAAUAUCAGCUGGUUUAGUUUUUCUGUUUCCCAUCAUGAUGGAAACAAUAGGUUUAUACAGCAGUUUUUGGAUAUUCGCUGUGCUUUGUAUAUUCUCAUUUGUGUUUGUAUAUUUUAAAGUUCCUGAAACGAAGGGAAUAUGGUCCGGUCCAAAAGAAAAUGCAGCGACGAGCAAAGGAAACAAAAACAACGAGAAGCUGUCAAGAGGUUUCGUGAGAAAACACGAAAUAAUUCCAACAAAUAUAAAGAGGCAAAGCGUAAAGAACGGAAACGUUAUUACAAUAGAAAAUAAGCUAGUAAAAUUAAAUCUAUUUUACAAAUGUCAUACCGAGAACGCAGUCAACAACGAAAAGAGUGGCGAAAAAAGAAGGAACGUUAAUACAUCAAAGAUUGGAAGAAAAAAAUGCUCCUCCAACGCCUCAUCCUAUGUUGGAUGA